AUGAUUUUCUUCUUUGUCGGAGGACUGCAGCAGCAAGCCCGCCAGGUGCUCAAGAGCGGCGCCGGGAGGUGCGUCGUGUGCGGGUCACUCGCCGAUCUCGUCGAGUACGACAAGGUUCUGAAGCUGUUCUUCGUGCCCGUGUGGCGGUGGCCGGAGAAGGAUCCAAUGAUGCGCUGUCAAAGCUGCAAUCUUAUCUUCCCUCCGUCGCCGCCGCCGCCGCCGCCGCAGCCGCCGGAGAAAGAGGCUGUGGAGGCGGCCUUGAGGUGUCAGUUCUGCGCCCGUCAGGUGGACGCCGCUUUCAGGUUCUGCCCUUUCUGUGGAUCGGCCCUGUGA